GAUAAUUCAUAUCUUAGGUUCAGCAUGACAAUGAUACGGUUCGCAAGUCAACAACCUAGGAGGAAAAUAAAUCGCAGGUUGUAAAUUGUAACAUUUCAGAGAUUCUUGGAUUAUUGGAUUAGAUUAGGGUUUUUCAGUUUAUUCUCUGUUUUUUCAAAAUGUCUAGAUUUUUAACUCUCCACCCUUACAAUCCUUUCAUCUUUCUUCCAAAUUCAUCCUCUAACUAUCCUUGUCACUCUUCCUUUUCCAACCGAACCACCUUCACUGUCUUUUCUACUCAUUCCAAUCCUAACCUUCUCAAAACCAACCGAAGAUCAACCUAUAGUAAACCCCUCUUCCCGUAUAACCUUGAUGAUGAUGACGACGAUGACGAUGACGAUGAUGAUGAUGAUGAUGAUGACGACGAUGAUGAUUUGUUCUCUGAUGAAUUUGCUGAGUCUGCUGAAUUUCAUGCUAAAGACAAGAGAUCGAAAUCAAACACAAUUGCAGAUAGACAAAGUAGUAAUUUGCCCAUAAGUCGGAGAAUAGCAUCCUUGCAACAAAAUAAGAGUGGAAAGUUUGGUAGAAAUUCUAGGUCGGAAAGAUAUCCAGAGGUGUCUGAAGAGAUUGAUUUGGAUGUGAAAUGGUUGCCACUUCUCGAUUACUUAAGCACCUUUGGAAUUAAGGAAUCGCAAUUGGUCCAAAUUUAUAUGAAGCACAGGUCGUCAUUUAAAAUUAAUGUAUGUUCUGCACAGGAAAGGUUAGAUUACUUAAUGAGUCUUGGAGUUAAACAUAAAGAUAUAAAGAGAAUCCUUUUGCGGCAUCCGCAGAUUCUCGGGUACUUGGUGGAGAACAAUUUGAAGGCACAUGUAGAUUUCUUAAUGAGCUUGGGCGUACCUAGUUCCAAAAUAGGGCAACUUAUUGCUGUUACUCCGUCCCUUUUUUCUUACAGUCUUGAGAAAUCGUUAAAACCAACGGUGAAAUAUUUAAUUGAGGAAGUUGGCAUCAAUGAAAAAAAUUUGGGUAAAGUCAUUCAACUGAGUCCUCAAAUUCUAGUCCAGAGUAUUGACAUUUCGUGGAAUACUCGAUUAAUGUUCUUUACCAAAGAGUUGGGUGCGUCAAAAGAGAGCGUUGUGAAGAUGGUAACAAAACACCCGCAGCUUCUCCAUUACAGCAUUGAUGACGGAUUGCUUCCAAGAAUAAAUUUCCUCAGGAGCGUAGGAAUGAAAAAUGACGACAUCUUGAAAAUCUUAACUAGCCUUACACAGGUGCUAUCGCUCUCCUUGGAGGCUAACCUAAAGCCGAAGUAUUUGUACUUGGUGAAUGAACUUCACAAUGAGGCGCAAUCCCUGACCAAAUACCCUAUGUACCUAAGCUUGUCUCUGGAUCAGAGAAUUCGCCCUCGUCACAGGUUCUUGGUUUUUCUAAAGAAAGCUCCCGAAGGACCAUUUCCUCUAGGGUCUCUACUUCCAACUGACGAAAGCUUUUGUCAAAAAUGGGCUGGAACUACUCUUGAUAAAUAUAUGGCAUUUCGCCAGAGAUCUUCCCUCAAAAAUUUAGCUGAGAAAUAUGACCGAAAAAUGUGAAAAAAACAGAAUCAAGGAAAUUAUCAGCAAUUUCUUGUAAUUUACUAUCGCCAUUCAACAUGUUCAAUCAUUGGAGUUUACUAAGUAAGCCAUGUGCACAUAAUUUCACGAUACAAACACCAGUGUCUUAUUCUCAGCCGAAGCUGAUCAAUUUCUCAUUGCGAAAUUUAUCCUUGCUGUUUAUGUUGGCCUGAAAGAGCAUGUCACGGUGCCGUCUAUCAUCAUCAGGUUAUGGUCAACAUGUAGAUUGAAGAAAGAAGCUGUAUAAACUUAAAACCAAACUUGUGAAUUCUCUCAUUUUUAUGCAUUGCAUUUAUAAUUCUUUCUUUCUUUAGGUGUUUUCAUUGUUGUGUAUCUCAAAUCAAGAGGAUCAUUUUUUUUGUUACAAUUGUUAUCAUCAUCAUAGCAUACAUAGACAAUUAUUUUUUGUUGUGUAUCUCAGUUAUUUGUAAACUUUUUAGAUUUACAAAUCUUAUCCUAUUAACUUGAAUACCAUAACUAUGUUGUAAUCAAUGUAUAUAAGCUUUCCACAUCUCAAAUCAACAGACCAUUUUACUCUAAAAGUUAUUAACUUGUAUUAACUUAAACUGUACAAACAUAGCUUAAAAGUCUAAGGUGUACUAAUCAUCAUCAAACAUAAAAUUUUAAAUUAAAAUCCUAUUAAAUUUGUACUGACCUGAAGAUCAGAACCAGAAAGGGUCACGAACGUCUUGCACAAUGUUGAUGAUGUCUAGGAGGGGGUGUAUCUGCAAGGUAUUCCGACGAUCAAGUCAGUAGGA